AACACAUGGUUUUUAUCUUACUAGGUUGCACGCGGCCUUUGUUCUAUCUCGGUUUAUUUUUCAACUUUGUUAUUUUUUAUUAUCGUUUUAACCAAAAAUUUUGCAAUUGGGAAAAUGAGCACUUUGAAGAAAGAAGAAUGCUCGGGAGAUAAUGUCGAAAACAACAAGAAAUGGUCCGAAAGCGUCGAAAGUCUCCUUGAAUGCGACAACGGACGGCACAGGUUCCUCCAGUUCUUGACGAAGCGAAACUUGGUGGAAGGAGAGAGGACGAUCCUUUUCUGGGAAAGCCUCAACGAUUUCCAGAAAUUGCUCAAAGAAGAGACAGACAAAAAUACUAUACUGAAAAAGAAAAAAAGCGUUAUAGAUUAUGCGGAUGAAUAUGUAAACUUCACGCGUGAAGAAAAUCAACAGCUGGCAAAAAUUAUGGACGAGGAGGAUAAAGAGUCUGUCCACGAAAUUCUCGAAAAUGCGAAAAAGACUGCGUCUGGACUAAUCGGUUUGGAAUAUCAGAUAUUUAUGGCCUGGCUGGAAAUGGAUCAAUACGAAAACGCUUAUUGAACUUUGUUUUAUAAAACGAAAACUGUCCAGUUUAACAAAUAGUAGAAUAAAUCUAAAAUAUCUGGAUUUUCA